AUGGCUUCCUCAACCAAGCCCGCUGCAGGCUAUCCGGGUUUUGGUCUGCCCCUCAGGUAUUUCCCCGAAGGUAAAAGGGGCUAUCGAUACGUAGGGACGUAUCCUCUCGGUAUCCAUGAAGACAAUGUAGGCUGCGACUCUGGCAUGAUCCAGGUCCGCGAGGUGGCCAUGAUGUCUGUCAUGGACCGAUUGACCGAUAAGCCCGAAUGGCACCGCAAGGUCUGGAACGAGGAAAUUGUUACCAAUUGGCGCCGGGAGGCCUUGGAGAUUCCGGACUCGGAAUUCUGGGAUCUGGCGACGAGGAACAAAUCUCUUGCCAAGAUGAAAAUGUAUAGGGAUGGGAUCGAGGUUCCAGCGCCUUCUUUGGGUGUUCCGCACGAUAAGCCGCCUAAAGGUAUUAUGAAUGAGGCAACUUUUGAUUGCUGCAUCCAAGAGCUCCGAUAUAAAGCCAAGUAUUUCGAGAAAACCGGCGUCAUCCCCACGCUGGAUGCCUUUGCAUCCGUCGCCAAGUCCGACUCACUUGUGUCCCCAGAUCUCCAAGCCGAGCUCAAAAAGGCGUUUGACCGCCUGGAAGGAGAUCAGGCCGCAAAUCCAGACUGGCACCCAGGCUCAGACCAGAAGGUGCUAGACCUGAUCCAUCCAUCCCUGUAUCUUCUCGUGUAUGGACGAACGAGGGUUCUCGACGAGGAGCGGGUUGGAGUUGAGGAUGCUGUGAAAACCUGGGCCGGCAAGGGGAAUAUCAUUCCCGAGCAAGCUCAACCGCCGACGACGGAGAACGGUCCCCCUUGGGUAUACGGUAGACUCAGUGGCCCUGCCUACACAUUUAGCGGCGACUCUUCCCCGUUCUGGUCGUAUCAGUACCAGUGGCUUCCCAGUAACAUGCGUUUCCAAGAAGACGGCAGUCUCAAGUUUACCAGUUAUAUCAACAACCUCCACCCAACCAGGUAUCCUGAGAUCUACAGGGCAAUUGAGAAGCUUGCCACGAAAGCUUUACCGCUGUGGGACCAGUGCUUAGCAGUCAAUGCCGGUCCUGGAAAGAAGACUGGUCCCGGAAGGCUGGAUAUGCGGCUGCCGUUUGAAGGUGUCGACGACAAUGUAGAUCCCGGAAUAUGGUCAGUCGCUUUUGAAGCCAUGGGUGACAUGGAAAAUAAGCCCGCAAACUUGAAGAAGCCCAACAUCACCCAUAACAGGUCGGAAAACGAUCAAGACGGCGAAGAGAGCGAAGAUAUCGAAGAGAGUGAAGAGGAAGAGGAUGAAGAUGAGAAAGAGGAGAGGCUGCGCGCAAUGUGGGAAAAUAUCCGCAACCCCAUCUUCCCAGAUCCAGAGUUCAGUUCCGUGGACUACGAGUCAAAAAUUGGUACCAGGCUGGUGGAGAAGUACAAAGACUCGGGCCUCCAGGUCAUUGUGAAGAUGGCAUCUAUAAAGCUGACUCCGGAAAACCCCGAGUUUACCGGCGGAGCCUGGCAUGUCGAGGGCCAGAUGAACGAACGCAUCGUCGGAACCGCUCUGUACUACCUCGACAGUGAGAAUGUAACUGAGAGCUGCCUCGAAUUUCGCAUGUCAACCAAUGCUGUAUAUAUGAACGAGGACCUCAAGAUCGGGCAAGAUGCAUAUCAUUGGAUGCAAUGGGCGUAUGGUACUCAGCUUGGCCAGGGCAACGCGCCGGGCUUACAGAACUACGGCACGGUCGAGACCCGCCAAGGUCGUCUCCUCACCUUUCCCAAUGUCUUCCAGCAUCGCGUUCCAGCGUUUCGUCUCCAAGACUCAACCAAACCUGGGCACCGACGUUUCAUUGCUCUCUGGCUCGUGGACCCCACCAUCCGCAUCAUAAACACUGGCAUGGUGCCUCCACAGCGCCUGGACUGGUGGCUUGAAUCAGUGCUCGGGAGCCCAGAAAUGGUGGCCAAGUUGCCUUCAGACGUGCUCAAAGUGCUCAAGCGACACAGCAGCGGCAAUGGAAAGGGCAACGGGGGCUUCAGCCAGCUUCCACCUGAGAUAGUCGCCAUGAUCAUGGAGCAUCUGAAGCUGGAGGCUUUACCUAUGGGAGAAGAGGAGGCCAAAGAGCACAGGCUCAAGGUGAUGGAGAUACGCAGUGCUUUUGAGAAAAAUGUCGAUUCAGCAUGGCACCAUCGGACUUAUAGUUUCUGCGAGCAUUGAGCUAUUUAACCCCACUGCUUGCCUAGAGCUCUGUGAUCGGUCACCAAUCUGGGACUAGGUCUAGCCGGCAUGACGCGUUAGCUAGC